ACAAGUGGGAAACGGGCCCAAAUCCGACUAGAUCGCUUGUCGAAGGCGAAGUCGUAGCUUACCAGUCCAUCGAGGACGGCACACCGGACGAUUAACAGAAGACGAGCGGUGAGAAAUUUGUACCGGAAGAUAUAAAAGUGGGGUGAACAUUUCAUAAUUUUUCAUUUUUUUUAUCAAGUAAAAUUUAUAUUUUUGGGAUUUUGGGACAAUAUGUGGACAUAAACUUUUGAAACGAAUAAAAAACAUUGUGUUACCGCGAGUGAAUUUUGUUUUGUUUUUGUGAAUUUUUGGAUUACUUGGAGUAACAAUAUUUUUAAGAUGGUGGGCUUACGAAUAGUGGAUAAAAACCUAAACAAAGCAUUCUACAAACUAGGCUAUAUAGUCGGCCAACACCCAGGAUAUUUUUUAAUCGUUCCGGUUCUUCUAACACUCUUGGGUAUGACGGGAUUUCAACGAAUUCACAACAAUAUCGACCCGGAAUACCUGUUCAGUCCUCUUAACGGCGCGGGAAAGCACGAGAGAGCUGUGGUGGAGAGCUUCUUUAAGGUUAACUACAGCAGUCGAUUUAGUGUUUCUAGGAUAACUAGAGCAGGUCGUUUUGGAAGAGUGAUCCUAACCUCAAAAGAUGGCGAGAAAAAUAUGCUAAGAGUCAACGUUUGGAAGGAAUUGCGAUUGUUGGAUGAGUACAUUCAGAACAUGACGAUAACGUACGAUGAUGUAGAAUAUACUUACAGAGACAUAUGCGCGAGGUGGUUGACGGAUUGCUUCAACAACGAUAUCUUAAAUUUGGAUUACAUAAUGGAAGACGUCGAAAAGAAAGCUCUCAAUUUGACUUUUCCCUUAAUGUUUAAUCCUGUGACUUGGGACGCUCAUGCCUUUCCUGUGUUUUUUGGAGGUUCAGAAGUCAGUGAGGAUGGACUUAUAAUUAGCGUGCCGUCUGUACAACUUGUCUAUUUUGGUAAUGCUGAUACAAAAAAGUAUGAUCAAAUUGGUGCUGCGUGGGAAGAUGGCUUUUUAGAUCUUAUCGAAAAAAUUCAAGACAAAGAAAACAGAUUUAAACAUAUCCGAAUUGCCCGAUUUUCUUCACGAACAUUGGACCACGAAUUGGAGAAAAAUACAAAAUCUGUUGUGCCUUAUUUUACGUCGACUUUUGCUAUUAUGGCAAUCUUUUCUGUGGUUACAUGUAUGAUGUGCGACUGGGUCCGAUCUAAACCAUACCUAGGACUUUUGGGAAACUUGAGUGCAGCUAUGGCAACAUUAUGUGCUUUUGGAGUAUGUAUGUAUGCUGGAGUUGACUUCAUAGGUUUAAAUUUAGCAGCACCAUUUUUAAUGAUAGGAAUCGGCAUUGAUGAUACCUUCGUUAUGUUAGCUGCCUGGAGAAGAACAUCUAUUAAAUCACCGGUACCAGUCAGAAUGGCAGAGAUGUUGAGCGAAGCUGCUGUAUCGAUAACAAUUACUUCUGUGACUGAUUUCUUUAGUUUUUGGAUUGGUAUUUUCAGUCCUUUCCCAUCAGUCACAAUAUUCUGUAUAUACUCAGGUGCUGCCACUGUUUUGCUGUUCAUUUGGCAUUUGACGUUUUUUGCAGCUUGUGUAGCUCUUUCUGGAUACUGCGAACAAAAAAAUUUACAUUCAAUCUUCUGCUUUAAAGUUUUACCGAAAUCUCAAUCUCAAAAGAAAAACUUCCUUUACCGAUGGUUCUGCAGCGGUGGUGUUAAUCCCAACGACAUGGACAACCCUCAAGACAACAAAGAGCACGGAUUCAUGGUAUUCUUCCGAGAUUAUUUUGGAGCGAUGUUGAACAACGGAUGCGUUAAGUUUUUGGUUAUCCUGGUUUUCGCAGUAUACCUUUUAGGAGCUGGUUAUGGCAUUACUAAAAUACAAGAAGGUCUAGAAAGAAGAAAGGUUGCCAAAAACGAUUCUUACGCGAUUGAAUUUUUCGACAGGGAAGAUGACUACUAUAGGGAAUUCCCAUACAGGGUUCAAGUUAUCAUUUCUGGUCAAUACGACUAUUCCGACCCAAAGAUCCAAGCACAGGUGGAAAACUUAACUCAAACAUUUGAAAACACUUCCUAUAUUUCAAACACGUUAUAUACAGAAUCUUGGUUGAGAAGUUUUAUUCAAUAUACGGAAAGAAAUCAAGACUAUCUUAAUCUUACAGUCAAUACUAAAAAAGGAUUUACAGAUGCUUUAAAAGAAUUAUGGUUAGCUCCCAGCAGUGCUUUUUCUUUGGAUGUAAAAUUUGACGAUAGCGGUGAAAAUAUUAUAGCCAUGAGGUUUCUUAUACAAGCUGUGAAUAUAUCAGGUACAGAGCAAGAAAAGGAAAUGGUUAGAGCCAUCAGGAAAAUAAGUGAACAAUCUUCGUUGAACGCUACUGUGUUUAAUCCAUAUUUUGUUUAUUUUGACCAGUUCGAACUAGUAAAACCACUCUCGAUUCAAAAUAUGGUGCUUGGAGCUAUUAUAAUGAUGUUAGUGACGUUUAUAUUUAUACCCAAUAUAUUAUGCUCCUUCUGGGUCGCUUUGUCCAUCAUAUCAAUCGAAGCAGGAGUAGUAGGUUACAUGGCUCUAUGGGGAGUCAACUUGGAUUCCAUAUCUAUGAUCAACUUAAUUAUGUGUAUCGGAUUCAGUGUCGACUUUACGGCUCACAUUUGCUACGCAUACAUGUCGUCGAAAGGACGAACUCCGGAAGAAAAAGUUAAAGAUUCCUUAUAUGCACUCGGGCUGCCCAUAUUCCAAGGAUCAAUAAGUACCAUACUUGGCAUGAUAGCUCUUCUUCUAGCUAACAACUAUAUAUUCUCCGUAUUCUUUAAGAUGGUAUUUUUGGUGGUGUUUUGUGGAGCGAUGCAUGGUCUGUUUCUACUUCCGGUACUUCUCUCUUUGUUUGGACCCGGAUCUUGCACCAAAUACACACCCGAGGAUGAUAUUAAACUCUCAAAAAUAGAACAGUCCUUACCUCAUCCAUACUGCAUACCCCAUCCGCAGUUUACAUUAAAUGGUAAUAAUUUAGGAGGGGCACUGAAGGGAACUACCCCAGUUAUGGAUAAAUAUACAAAAAAAACUAAAAACUAUACCGAUAUCGAUAAGGAUCUUGGAUUAGGAACGUCUGAAGAGAAUUCCAGCGAAUCGUCAAUACAUUCUCAAAAGAAGCUCCCGAUGGAUGAUGCAGCAUUAGAAAGGCGUUAUAGGGAUGCUUGGAGACGUAAUUCGGAAGCAGCCAUCAUUGGUUUUAGGAACUCACAAGUGUUAGACAUAUUCGGCACCGACUCAGAAGCUGAAUACUAUAGGCGUAGAUCUAAAGCAACAGAAACAGCAAAUCAUACAGUAGUAGACAACCACACUGAAAAUUAUUUAAGGCCAAAUAGAUACGAACCAAACAGAAGAUAUUCACCACCACAAGAAAGAUACCAUCACAGGAAAAACAAUGAUCUAGCAAGGUCCAGUUCUUACCACAAUAUUGUACAUCCUAGAUAUACUAAAGAAUCAAGUCCGAAGUUUAUGAAGGAAUCUAGAUUUCCCUAGUGUUAAAUAUGAUGAAUAGUUGUUCAGUUUCAGUAAUAUGUAUCAUAUUAUUUAAGAGGCUUUCAAAUAUAAAUUUAGAUUGUUAUAAAUUGGAAGAAGCUAUUAGUAUUUGAAUAGCAGACAUUUUAAUUUUUUAUUUAUAUAUCACAAGUUUUUUUCUGAAACUAGAAGUAUAAUAGAUUUGACAUUUCUUUUAUUAUGUUGUAAAACAGAACAUGUUGUAUAAAAGCGUACCCUGUGAAUAGAUCAGUUUUUAAAAAGAAAUAUAAAUUAAACCAUAUAUUUUGUUGUUUGGAAUCAACAGCUAACAAUGAUUUGCUAAGGAGUUGAUUAAGUCUUCUAUCGACAUCAAUCAGCCCUGAUUUGUCCAUUGUUGAACAUAGGCCUUCUCCAGAUAUUUCCAUAUUCUUUUGUUCAGCGCCUCUGCUAUUCAGUUGGUCACAAUUCUUUUGACGUCGUUGGUCGAUCGCGUUGGGGUCUUCCUCGGUUUCGCUUGUCUGUCCGUGGUCUACAUUUAAAAAAUAUUUUUGUCCAUCUUUCGUCUUUCAUUCUUGCAACAUGUCCUGCCCAUCUCCAUUUUUGCCUUGUAAUACAUUCGAUGUAUUCGUUAAAUACCUAGGAAGUUGGAUAAACGAGACACUAAAUCCGGAUGAAGAAAUUAAAACUCGUAUAGAAAUUGCAAGAGGAGCAUUUAUGAAACUUAGAUCUAUUCUGAGCAACUCUCUGCUGAACUUACAACUAAAAAUCAAGUUCCUAAAAUGUUAUGUGUAUCCUGUAUUACUAUAUGGAUGUGAAACCUGGAUCAUGAAGGUUAACAUGAUGAACAAAUUAGAAGCCUUUGAGAUGUGGUCGUAUCGUAGAAUGCUCAGAAUAUCUUGGGUUCAACGCAUUUCAAACAGAGAAGUCUUAAACAGAGUAGGUCAAGGCGAAGGUGACUUAAUGAAGAUGAUAAAAAAGAGAAAACUUGAAUAUCUGGGGCAUAUAAUGAGAGGUAGCAGAUACAGGAUGCUGCAGUUAAUACUCAAUGGAAAGAUCGACGGAAAAAGAGGAAUUGGUCGAAAGAAAUAUUCAUGGCUCCGAAACCUUCGUCAAUGGACUGGCUUAUCAGCAGAUCAAUUGUUACAUGCCGCACAAGAUCGAGAACGAUAUCGGCAAAUUGUUAUGGAAGCUACCCACGCCUAAAAAUUUGGGCACGGUACUUAAAGAAGAAGAAUACAUUCGAUAAUAUCUUCCACUCCGGUUCCUCUACGACCUUCCUCGUUUCUGACUCAGUUUCUUAAGCUUAUUAUAAGCAUUGAUCUCUCCAUCUUUCGUUGUGUCCUCAAAUUUUCAGCUGAGGAUUUUGUGGGAGUUGAGGUUUCUGCUCCGUAUGUGAGGACCUAUAGAAGGCACUGGUUAAAAUUUUUCCUUUUUAAAUGGAAUUUUUUAAAUGGAUGUAACUUAUUAUUAUAUUUAAUAUAACUUAUUCUGUAGAAUAAGUCUAUGGCAUAGCAAUACCAUAGAUUGGUAUAUCAAUAUCUUCAAAUAUAACUUAUUACAAAUUCUCAAGGAUUAUGAAACAUUACUGUUUCUAAAUAGUCUUCUUCUCAUAGCACUACAGCCCGGAGUGGGUAUUGGCUGAAUCGACAACUUGCUUCCUCGGACACUUUGACACGGACUUCCAUUUCAUGGUCGUCCAGGAUAGAUGGGUCGGUAGGUAGCCACAUUGUUUUAAAUCUGAUAAUAUUUUAUCUCUCCAUCGCAUUCGUGCGCAUCCUAAGGGCUUUCUCCCUGUCGGGGCCUCAUCCCAGAUUAACAUAGACAUUUUAGUAUAAAUAGAUAUAAUUUUCAUAAACAAAUUGAAAUUAUACAAACUAGUUAUAUCAUAUUUGCAAUUAACCUAAUAAAAUAAACAUGUAAUUCCGUACAGGUUGGAAUAAAUUUUAUAUCAAAGUUUAGGUGAAUACAAAAGAUAUUUUCAAAAAAGUAUCCAAAUCAUAUGAGAAGAUCAUUGUUUAAAUAAUUAAAAAGGGGUCAUUUUUGCACAAUAUUUACUUUUUUAAUUGCUGAGGUAAUUUAGGACAAAAGCUGAAGAACAAAUCUUUCACCUAAGACUUAAUAAAUUAAAUUUGACCCCCUAUUUAUUUAAAUAAUUAUAUCAAAUUUGCAAAAAAAUAUUUUUUGCGUUUGAAAUAAGCACUAUAAAUUUAUUUUAUUUAAUAGAAGUUGCGCUAUGUUACCAGUAUUAAGCAAAAAAAAUUGGUUCAAAAAUAUUUAAUAAUUUGAGAUAUUUAAUUUGUUUAACAAUUGUUACUAUAUUUUCAAUUGCAAAAACGCGGUUGUUAUCAAAUGAAUAUAAACCUGCUUAAAAUCUCAUCACUUUUAUUUUUAUGCAUAAUUUCGAGAAAUGUAUUGAUAAGUUCAAAUUUCAAUUUAACUCCCCUCUAAAAUGACAUUUGAAAAUUGUUCUAGUUUGUUUAUAAUUUGUUUUUUAAUAACUUCGCGGGGAUUAAACAUUUUGAAAUUCUGUUCCGAUAAUCGGGUUCCUGGGUAUUUUUCACUAAUUAACAAAUUUUUUUUGUCGUUUUUUCUUUUUCUUUUUUUCCUUAUAGUAAAAGAUAUAGUUUUACUCAUGAUACUAUAAAUAAAGAGAUAGUAUUUUCCCGUAGCGCAAAUACGUCCGAGCUCGCGCAUUGAUGAUGUAACUGGAGACCGGAAGUGGAAUUUGAAUUCUUGUUAAAGUUAAAUGGGAUUUGUAUGCAUUUUGUGAUGAAAUUAUUCAAUUAGCAAAAUAAAAUUAAACUUCAAUGUAUUCGAAAAAAAUUUAAUGUUGAGAUUCCAGUCAAAAUAACUGUCAAAGAUAAAAUAUAAAAUACAACCGCUAACAAUUCAAAGUAAUCGGACAUUACGAAUGAUUACGAACCAUUACGAUCUUGCCGGUCUCCAGUUACGUCACGACUUCCGGAUGUGCAAUAUAUUAUCUUGUUAUUUAUAGUAUCAUGGUUUUACUUAUAGAGGGGGUUUCAUUAAGAAUGUCCAAUCUCUGAGUUGUCGAUUCUAGACCUCAAAAUAUUAAGAUUUAGCCAAAAUCAUUUUAAUAAAAUAUGGCUCCUUAUUGAGUUACAGGGUGUUUUAUUUAAAAAUUUAAAAAUUAUUUUUGCUCAGUAUUUUAAAACUAUUCGACAUAUCCUUUUCAUACUUGGUAGAAAGUGUAGGUAUUAUACACCCUAUGAAAUUAUGUUAAAUACAGGUUUCCGGCUAUUACCCGAGGCGUACGACAGGCGGACAGGGGAAAGCAAAUGGUUGACCCUUCCCAAAUUCUACGUCACUGGUGAAAUUGCCAUUUUAGCACAAUUUCUAAAUUCUUCAAUACUGUCUAUGUAAAUAAGAUCCUCUUUACUCGUAACGAUAAAGUCAUUAGUAUUCGAGAUAUUUGAAGUUAAACAUGUAAGGGCAAAGUUAUUUAGUUAUUUUGAUUAAAAUAUUGUGCCGCUUAAUUUUUAGUUUCAAAUAUCUCAAAAACUAAUGAUUUUAUCUUUAAAGAAUGAAUAAUAUACUCUUCAGUCUUAACGAUAAAAUCAUUAGCUUUCGAGAUAUUUGAAAUAAAAAAUUAAGCGGCACAAAACCUUAAUCAAAAUAAAAUAACUAUGCCGUUACAUGUUUAACUGCAAAUAUCUCGAAAACUAAUGACUUUAUCGUUACGAGUGAAAAGUAAGUUAUUUACAUUGAGAGUAUGGGAGAAUCUAAAAAUUGCGCUAAAAUGGCAAUUUCUCCAGUGACGUAGAAUUUGGGAAGGGUCAACCAUUUGCUUUCCCCUGUCCGCCUGUCGAACGCCUCUGGUAAUAGCCGAAAACCUGUAUUUAACAUAACUUUAUAGGGUGUAUAGUACCUACACUUUCUACCAAGUAUGAAAAGGAUAUCUCGAAUAGUUUUAAAAUACUGAGCAAAAAUAAUUUUUAAAUUUUUAAAUAAAACACCCUGUAACUCAAUAAGGAGCCAUAUUUUAUUAAAGUAAUUUUGAUUAAAUCUUAAUAUUUUGAGGUCUAGAAUCGACAACUCAGAGAUUGGACAUUCUUAAUGAAACCCCCUCUAUAAGCAAAACUAUAUCUUUUACUAUAGGGAAAAAAAGAAGAAGAAAAAACAACAACAAAAUUUGUUAAUUAGUGAAAAAUUCCCAGAAACCGGAUUAUCGGAACAGCAUUUUAAAAUGUUUAAUCCCCGUGACGUUAUUAAAAAAACAAAUUAUAAACAAAUUAGAACAAUUUUCAAAUGUCAUUUUAGAGGGGAGUUAAACUGAAAUUUGAAUUUAUCAAUACAUUUAUCGAAAAUAUACAUAAAAAUAAAAGCAACGAGGUUUUACACAGUUUUAUAUUCUUUUGGUAACAACCGCGUUUUUGCAAUUGAAAAUAUAGUAACAUUUAAUAAACAAAUGAAAUAUCUCAUAAAUUAUUAAAUAUUUUUCAACUAAUUUUAUUUUCUUAAUAUGUACUGGUAAUAUAGCGCAACUUCUUCGAUUAAAUAGAAUAAUUUAUAGUGCUUAUAUAAAACGCAAAAAAUACCUUUUUGCAAAUUUGAUUUUUAAAUUUUCAAAAUCAAUUCAAAUUUAAUUUAGUAAGUCUUAGGUGAAAGAUUUGUCCUUCAGCUUUGUAGAAAAAGAAACCCUAAAGACCUUCACUAAAAUGUAAAUUACCUCAGCAGUUAAAAAAUUAAAUAUUGUGCAAAAAUGACCCCUUUUUAAUUAUUUAAACAAUGAAUGAUCCCCUUAUAUGAUUUGGAUACUUUUUUGAAAAUAUCUUUUGUACUCACUUAAACUUUGAUAUAAAAUUUGUUCCAACCUGUACGAAUUUACAUUUUGAUUUACAUGUAGUGUAAUCUUAUUUUACUAGACUGAACACAAAUUUUACUGUGCGAAAGCUUCCUAAAUAUAAACUACUGAAAUUUAAUAACUUCGAAAUAAGUGUUCAUUUUUUUUUUCAGUCACAGUUUAUUUAUUUUACCCUAAUAAAUGGAUCAUCGGAUUCCACAAAACUUUUGUAAAUAUUUAGGUUUAAUGAUUCAGUUGCAAUUAAUAUUAUAAUUUUAGAUGUAGGUAUAAAACGAGCUAAUACUCUAUAAUGCCGUAAUAACCUUUAGGACACGUUGACACAUGACAAGCGCUUAGCGAGCGAUUUGAUAACGCGCGAAACGCGCGAUUACAACAAACUAUGGUAAUACAUGUUACAUACAUUUUUUUCAAGCCGUUCACAUGCUAACGCACGUUUCGUUAUCAAAACGCCCGUUAACUGCUUGUCAUGUGAACGUGCCUUUAAACUCCCAUAGUUUUUAAUAAAUGUUUUCGUAGAGUGAAACUACUGUUUCAAUUUCAAUAUUCUUUGUUAUGCUUGCCUUGUAUAAAACUGGAUAUGAAAAUAAGAGUACAAUCUUUUAAGGUGGCCUUUUUAAAAUUAUUAAAUACUUAAAUGCCGCUAUUAGAUAUACUCACACUCGUAUAUUAAUACAGGUCUUUUUUAUUUUUGGUUUUUCGGUGUUGUUGUUUUCGUUAUUAUUGAUAAGGCAGAUAAAAAUUGCUGUGCAUGAAAGACAGUACUUCUAAUUUUUCUCUCUCUAUUUUAUCCCAAAAUAAAAUCUCACCCUUCGUUUUAUGUAAAAACAAUUUGUUGCGUUAAAUGGCACUAUUUUCAUUUGAUAAUGCUAUUGAACUCUACUGUCGUAUCUGUAAUUUGUUGCUUCUUAGUUUAAAUUUAAGGUUAAAAUGUAUGGAAGCAUUAAAGUCAUUAGAGCAUAUCACAUAAUUGACGUAUUAAUCCAUUUCUUAGGGAUGGUGACCUCUUUGCCUCAUAAGUACAUUUAUGCUAAGUUUAAACAUUUUCUUGUGUAGUUGAUAUUUCUGUAAAACUGUGUGGAAUCGGUUUCGUUUCUAAAGGCGGCCUCGUUUCUAAAUACUCCGAAAUCUUCAGGAAUUUUAGUUUCACGUUUUCUUUUCAUUCUCUUGUAUAAAUGCUUUUGUUACGAGAUCAUUUAAAGAUUCAGAGUUGACAUGUUUUUUUGUUAUUGUCUCACCAUAUAGUCCUGUCGCCAGGGGGGUACAACGACCUUCUUAAUUCAGAUGGACUUACCCAAGUUUUUUUAUGUAUUUUGACCCGUAGAACACGAAUUUUUUGGGUAACAGUUGAUCCGGAUGGCGAUAAGAUUGUUAUAAACAAAGAACUUGAGAAAUUACGUAACAGCGAUUUUUCGCAAAACAAAACAUUUUUUUGUAUUUUUUGGGCGAUUCUCAGCAAAAAAUGGUUUUACAAUUUUUUUCGUAGGAUGCAUAGUUUUCGAGAUAAACGCGGUUAAACUUUCAAAAAAUCGAAAAAGUGCAAUUUGUGAACCCGAAUAACUUUUGAUUAAAAAAUAAAAUAGCAAUUCUGCUUACUGCAUUUGAAAGUUCAAGUCAAAUUCUAUCGGUUUCGAUUAUUUGCAUUGCUAAAAAUUAAGUUUUUAUUUGUUAAACAAAUCCAUAAACACAUAGUAUUUCCCGUGCCCAAUGCAUACGUUUUAAUGUACAUACGUAAUCUACGUAAAAAUUGUCUGUAUGCAUUGAAAACAUCAUUCAAUCACUAUGCGUUUAUAGCUUUGUUUAACAAUAAAAAAAAUUAAUUUUUAGCAAUAAAAGUAAUCAAAACCGAUUGAAUUUGACUUUAACUUUCAAAUGCGAUAAGCAGAAUUACUAUUUUAUUUUUCAAUCAAAAGUUAUUCGGGUUCAAAAAUUGCAAUUUUUCGAUUUUUUUCAAAGUUCAACCGCGUUUAUGUCGAAAACUUUGCAUCCUACGAAAAAACUUGUAAAAACAUUUUUUGCUUAGAAUGACCCAAAAGAUACAAAAAACAUGUUUUGUUUUGCGAAAAAUCGCUGUUAUGUGAUUCUUCAUGAUCUUUGUUUAUAACAAUCUUAUCGACAUCCGGAUCGACUGUUACCCAAAAAAUUCGUGUUUUAAGGGUCAAAAUACAUAAAAAAACUUAGUAAGUCCAUCUGAAUUAACGAGACCGUUGUAACCCCACUGGCGACAGGAGUAAUAGUGUUUUAUAUACCGUGUCAGUUUUGAUUGCGCGAUCAAUAUAUUUCAUAUUUUUUAUUGCUACUCAAGUAACAAUAAAAUAAUAGCAGUUUGUGCCUUCCUAUUAUUCCUCUCUUUAUAUUGAUCGAUGUUCCAUCAGAAAGGGAGCUUUUCUUAAAAAUAAAUUGAAUUAAGACCAAAAACACAAAAUAAUAGUAGAAUAAACAUUGUCAUAGAAAAAUAGACGGAAAAUAUAUUAAGAGAUUAUUAAGAUUAUUUUUUAUUAUAAUCACAAUAGUUUGUUACGUUGAUUUCUUAAUAGUAAUUGUUUUAAGUUUUACUUUUUGGUAGUUAAUGUUGACUGAUUUUUAUGAGAAUUAUAUAUGAACAAAACUAAUGCAUCAACUAGACGAGAGUUUUGCAACAACUCACGUAAAAAGUUCUCUGAGCCAACGUCAAUGUAUUGUUCUUUUCAUUUAGAAACAAAAAGGUACCUAGGUACUGUUUUUCGAAAUGAAGUUCGAAAAUAUGUUUUUUCAAAAUAUUCAACAACAUACGCUAGCAAAUGUUGAAAUAAAUUGAAUUUGUUAGCUAGAAUUUAAACAGAAGUAGAGAAAAUCAGUAAUGAUUUUCUCUACUUCAAAAUUUUAGUGAUACAUAUAAUAUGACAAAUUUUCGGUGCUAUAAUAAUAAUUAUACUACUUUUAAUUUAAAAUUUCUAGACCAAAUUAUUUCACAAUUGAUGCAUUGGCACUGUCCAUUUUAUCGUGUUAAUUUUAGGUAGACAAUUCUAUGUAUACUAAAUUUACAAUCAAGAUGCAGAAUAAAUAAACAAACCAAGACACGUUAAAUGCUACUAGGAGCACUCCCAAAUCAUAAUUUACAAUGUAUGUACAUUUUAAAUCCCAAAUCAUGAUUUACAAAGUUUAUACAUUGUAAAUUAUGAUUCGGGAGUGGUCUUAGUAACAUUUAACGUGUCUUGGUUUGUUUACUUCUACUGCAUCUUGAUUGUAAAUUUAGUAUAAUAUAAAUUUAAAGUACAAUUGUUAUUGGUUUUAGCAGGGAUCGGACUUGGUUUUAUGUUCUUUAUUAGAAAUAUAUUAAUUUAUUUCAUAAUAGACGGCAGAUUGCUCAAAUACCUUAGAAUCUUAGAAUGAUCCUAAAUGAACGUCAUAGUUUUAAGUUUGUACAGUUAAGUAAUUUUUGUAAAAUAUUUUUGCUAUUGUAUAUCUAAAUAAACAUAUCUAAAUUA